CCUAGUCCUAUUCCUAUUCCUAGUCCUUUUCCUAGUCCUAUUCCUAUUCCUAGUCCUUUUCCUAGUCCUUUUCCUAGUCCUAUUCCUAACCUAUUCAUAAGUCCUAGUCCUAUUCCUAGUCCUUUUCAAAGUCUCAUUCAUGGUCUUAUUCCUAGUCCUAUUCCUAGUCCUAUUCCUAGUCCUAUUCCUAUUUCUAGUCCUAGUCCUAAGUCCUAA